AUGCUUGCUUGUUCAUGGAUCCGUGCUGUUGCCGAGGCCCGAACGCAAUAUGAUGCACGUUCCUGCAUGUCCAUGCCUGAAAUGCUUAUUCUGCGUAAUCCUACCGAGGCUGCUACGGCAUCACGGCGGCCGAGGUCAGGCAACUCCGAAUCGAAGGAUGAUCUUUGGACAUUGACGUAG